UCCAAUAGUAUAGAGCUCUCAAAGAUUAUCCGUAAUCUAAAUGCAGGUACAAUUAUUACAUAUACCCAAUAACAAUACCAUUGGAUUAAGGAUUAUGACCAGUACAGUACAAGUAGAUGUUAUUAUAGAAAUUCUAGAAACUUGACUAAGAUGUGAAUAAAAAGUGAGUUGGUGCAAUAAGGCUGAGGCUAGAAGAUGGCCAUUCAAAUUAGCAACAUAAGUAAAAUAUUUGCCUCUCCAGGUAUAUACUUGACUACAAUAAUAUGCUGGCAAAUAAUUUUUUUUUUGAAAUUUGAUGGAAAAACAGGAUGUCUGAAAACAAGUAAAAGACAUCACAGAGAAAUAUUCCAUACUAAUAGAAUUGACAAAAGAAAAUCAAACAUUGUCAUUGAACAAGGACAUCUUCCACGGCUUCUGGAGGAGACAGAACAAGGAACACCAAGAAAGACAUUAGUCUUAGGAAAUCAUAAACCGCAUCAAGCACCAAAACUGUUGACAAUUUUUACAACAUUUUCUGAGCAUGACAAAUCAAUGUUUGGAAUUCAAAAUAACACAAUUUGCAAUUUUGCACAUUUUCCUGGAAAGAUUACAAAUCUGGUUGUGUUUGUGACUGAAAGUUUCCAUCAGAAUCGUCCAAUCAAAUGUUCACAUACCUGUUUGAAUGACACAAUAUGUGAUACAGUACAUCCGAAGUGGAGCAUUAUUCAUCUUAACAAAACUCUUAUGCCAAAUGGCAAGAGACCAAUCCUGAAAUCAAUGUUUCUUGAAGUACAGCGGCAGUUUAGUUCAGAGUUUUAUAUGUACACUAACAAUGACAUCUUGUUUCACACUGACAGACUGCUCAACAGUCUGAAAACCAUCAGUGUGCAUACAAAGACUGAGAAAAUGAAGAAUUACCUCAUAACUGGAGGUAGAAGAAAUGAGAAAUUCUACGAUCCAACAAAACAAGCUACAAAAAUCUUAAAAUCUGGCAAAGAUGAUGAAAUAAUGCAAAUAAGCAGAACAGCACAAAAAAUGAACGGAAAUGAUAAGGAAUAUCUUAUCACAGGGAGGGACUCGUUUCCCUGGAAAUCAAUUCCAAACUUUGUGAUUGGUGCACCAUUUUACGCAGAUUGGCUGAUCCUAUACUGCAACAAGCUAUAUACUGCAACAUUUGAUGUGUCAUACACUACAAUGGCUAUACACCAAGAAGGCCAAGAGCUUGCUGAUAAACACACGCAAAUGACAACCAGUCUCGACAACAUCAAUGCUGAUAUCUUCAAACGCUUUGUUAAACAUGAAUAUAACAUAAAACAAAGUAAUUUGAAAUGUUGUACCUACAGAACAUUGUUUAAGAAGGAUUUCAGAUUUUAUGUACAGAAAAAUCCAUUGUUCAUUUCAAAAAACUGUAUUUUGAAAGACAUGCAACUUCCUAAUCCAGGUUGAAACACAUGCUCAAAAUGUUGAGAAUAAUUGUUUUUCAUGUGGAGAACAAUUGUUUAUUGUCAUGCUGACAAGUGUUUUUCAUGUAGAAAACUAGUGUAUAUUGUGUAAUGUAAACAUUAAAUGAAUAUUCAGACUGAAACAAAAUUAAAAUGUUUUUGAUCUGUCAAAAGUACAUAUUAUAUAUGCACAGCUAUUGUUAGUAAUAUUAAUUUUUCGCUUCUCUCUUCUUUUGAACGCAAUGAAACAUUUCUCAGGUCUCAGCAUUUACUUACAAUACAAACAAUUCACUCACAAAUACACCAUAAAAAAACACACACACAUUACAUAGAGCUUUCUUAAUAUUACUCACUCUGUCUUCCCUCUCCUUCUCCAGAACUUCAAUCUUCUCCAAAAGAGCAGCCUUGGCUUUUUCCACAGCAGCUGGUGCGCCACUGACCUUUACUACCUCAGACUUAGCCAUGGCUGGGGGGAUGGAUAUGCUAACAUCAAACUCUUCCAUCAUCUUGCGCACAUCUCGUCCCUUCUGGCCAAUGAUGAAUCGAUGGAAGUCAUAUGGUACCAUCACCUCUUCAGUUACUGGGACAAGGUCCU